CAAGAGCAUGGGAUGAAACUUUGAGAACUUACAGUACGUGCAAAUGCUUCAUGUUGGCACACUUAUCAGACUUCUAUCAGAAAGAUGUUUCUCUUGAGGCAAAACAUCUCAAAGCAGCACACGAGCAGCAGCGACGUCGCACCAAGAUCCUCCGGACGGAAGUCCAACUCCGAGGACUCAAAGAGGCCGUUGCGUCGGAAGACCAGUUACGUGGAAAAUUUAUCCUCGGUCGACCGGAUCCGCAAACAUGCCACCAGACAUUUGGGCUACAGCACGCUCAGCCUGGCCAUGCGAGGUCUGGAGGAGAUGCCCGAUGAACUAUGGGAGCUCCAAGAGCUCCAGAAACUCAAUAUCUCCUUAAACGCUCUGUCGCUUCUGCCGUCAGGCCUGGGGAAUCUGGAGAACCUUGUGAUCCUCAACUUGUGGGGGAACGAACUAGUUGAGCUCCCGCCGGAGAUCGGACGGCUCAGCAAUCUCCGCGUGCUUUUCGCGCACAGGAACUGCUUGAGCGACGUUCCAGAGGAGCUCGGAAGCUGCACCAACCUGGAGGUCCUGAGUCUGGCCAACAACCAGAUCAGCACGCUUCCCAACAGCCUGUCCAACAUGCGCAAGCUCACCAAGCUCAACCUCAGCCACAACCGCAUCCAGCACAUCCCGGCCUGCGUCUACAGCAUGAGGAGCCUCGUCUUCCUGCAUCUGGCCAACAAUCGUCUGGAGAACCUCGCUGACAAGAUCCAGGAGCUGGUGAACCUGAAGAUCCUGAUCGUGGAGCAGAACUCGCUGCACACGCUUCCCAGGAUGCUGUGCCGUCUGACGGGCCUGGAGCUCCUGAACGUGGACUUCAAUGACCUGCAGAGCGUUCCUGAUGAGAUGUAUAUGCUCAGGCGGCUGGAGAAGCUCGCUUGCCAUCCUCUGGAUAAGGGGCUGCAUAUAGUCCACAAUCCGCUGGUCAAGCCAAUUAAGGAGGUUCUGCAGGGAGGUCUGAAAGGUCUUUAUAACUACCUCAAACCUGCAUGAAGAUAUCUGUUAGUCGAAGCAUUGCAUGCUGUAAGUACACUGUGAAAAAAGUAAAGAUUAUUGGGGAAUGUUUUACAAGAAAAUACAGUCACACUUUAGAUUAGGGUCCAGUUCU